AUGCUACAGCGUGAGCUGGAGGCUCUGGGCAUACUCCGUGGACGUGCGGAGCGUUACCAUGGGGGGCUUCACAUAGAGGCCCCGGAGUCUUUGCUCUGGCGCGCAGCGCUGCAGAGCCGCCUGCUUCUUGGAGGACGGCUAGGUGUUGGAGAGCUUUUCCAUGCCGGGUACGAGUCCACGCUGUCGAACUAUGUAGCCGGCGUCCCCUGGCCUGACUAUAUGUGGUUUGGAGCAGAGCCAGCAAAUCCGCCGCUCAACAUCCAUACGGAGAAGUCGCGCCUGUACCACACUGAUGUCAUAGAACGUGCUGUUCUGACUGGCAUCGAGCGACGCCGUCAGUUCUUCAUGAACCUGCGGCUUCAGCAGAACGAGGAUGAGCUUUUCUACGGCAGGGGGGAGAAGGAGAUGCCAGCUUUGCCGACGCUUCACGUGGAGUUGAAGAGGAACGAGUGCGAUUUGAGUGUGGCCAUCACUGCGGUGCCUCAGUUACGUGCGUAUUCCCUAGCAGUGGAGGAGGCAGACGACCACCACAAGGAGGGCCGUGAAAGCACGUGGACAUUGGGAGACUCUCACGCAGCUGCCUGCGUGUUGAAGUCCCAGUGUUUGGAGCUGCUCGAAGAGUGCAGUAAAGCGGAGCGUCACCUCUGCGUGUGGGACCCCUUCUGUGGCCGCGGCCAACUGCUUUUGGAGGCUUUGGGCCUGGCCUUGGGUGUGCCUCCAGCAAGCCCGGUCAUGCAGAUGCCUUUUCAAGAGUUUCCCUACUUUGACCAAGCCCGUUUCCGGGAGGUGGUGCGAUCGCUUGAGUUGUCUCCUUCCGCGCACGUCUCGAAGCUGGUGCUAGUUGGCAGCCACGCCGAUGUGGACGUCGUACACUUGGCAAACAGGAAUCUGCAGGCUUUUGCUCGUGCGCUCCCUCGGCCACGGUCGGGGCCUGCGUCACUAAUCUGGCCAUUGCCCAGUGGCGACGUAGCUGAAAAAGAGGAUCCGUUGAGCAUCUCGAAGCGUCGGCUACCAUGUUCUGUGACAUUCCAACACAAAGAUCCUGAAUCGAUGCUGGAGACCCUCCGUGGCCACCCCACCAUGAUUCUGACCAAUGUUCCUUACGGCAAGAAGGGGGAUGCAAAGAAAUACCGGCGUUUGUAUGCGCGCUUCGGCAAGAUGCUAAAGGCGGAGCAGGCGCACGGCUACUUGAAAGGCGUUUAUUGCCUUUCUGCUCGCGAGGACUUCAAGCGAUUCUCUGGGCUGGACUGGCGAACAGAGCUGCGCUUUCAAUGCAGCGGUGUUCAAGUGGAGCUGCUGCGGUGGACCGGCCGCACGGUCUCUUCGAUCCCAUGGCACGUGGAGAGGGCCCCUGCCCAAAUCCCAAAGAAGGUGCCAACUGAAACGCAGGAGGAGGUCUCGACGGUAAAUCCCGCGGCGUCUUCUGCUGCGCUUGGCCGAAAGUCAAAGAGGAGGAUGUCGGCUUCCACUUCGCAAGGCGCAGUCCCGAUGCCAUCGGCUGUGAAGGCGAAGACAAUACGAGAUGAGCAUCAGCGGUCAAAACAGCAGUAUUACGUACACGAUUUGCAUUUCUGCAUGCCGGCGGCAUGCAGUUGUCGAGCUGGCCAAAGUGCACCGGUCCGCUCUUUGUCGGUCUGGAGUCCUCGCCUUUUCGGCUGA